GAUCAAGCAACCGGCGUCCUGAGUGAAGCGCGAUUGGUUUUGAUUAGAGAUUCCGUGGACUUAAUUUUGCCAAAAUGGCUUCACUGAGAAGUGCCUCUACCUGGCUGAAAGUGGCCUUUGCUUGUUUGAUUAUUGCUGUAAUUUUGUUCAUAGUUGCAUUCGCCACCUCGGCCUGGGUAUCUUAUCAUUACCGAAAUGAUUACCAAUCUAUUGGAUUAUGGAAAGGCAGACACUGUACUGGAAACUUUUGUACCGAAGGAAGAUUUAGGUUUUCAUUUAACUAUGAUUUCCACCAUGCUGUCCAGGCUUUGGAAUGUUUAGGAUUAAUUUUCAUCCUCCUAUCUCUUGUUGUUCUUAUAUUAUAUAUAUUUGUUGAUUCGUGUAGAAGAAGAAAUGCUCUAAUCGCCAUUAUUGUCUUCAUUUUCUUAUCCGUGUUCUUCAUCGUUGUUGGUAUUGCUGUCUGUGCUAGUAAAUACGAAGAUAGAGGAUUCAGCAUUGCAUGGUCAAUGGGAUUGGCCAUAGCGGCAGCCAUCUUUGAUUUUGUUGCUGGAGUUAUGUGUGUGCUCCAAAUUAUCAACGUCUGAACAAACAACAACUCUAUAUAAAUUUCAAGUGCCAUCUCAAUUUUCAGUCCAAAUCUUAAACAUGUAUAUCUUCUAUUUAUUUUGUUAAUUAUUCAUUUGAAAUUCUUUUACCUCAACCGCCAGGCUGUUGAAUGGACUCAAAUGUUCGAAUGAUAUUCGAGCUUGGUCUAUUUGUGAGGUGUUCAACUCAUGAAAUUUACUAAUGUUUGAAGAAAUGUCUUUUCUUGUAUGGAAACUUGCAUGGCUUUAAGUUACGUAAUCAUAAAAUCGUUAUUCUUAUACCGACGAAGACACUAGUGUAUACUGUUUUGAAACGAAUGAUUUCACUGUGAUGUCACGUGAAUGACGUUCUUAUAAGUUUACCAAGUUUACCAAAAAGAAGAUAUAGUGAUGGCAAAAUACAGCAUGUAAGACUAACAACAUCAUGAUUCAGAACGUAUUUAGCAACCUCAAAAGCUAAGCAAAAUAUUAUUUUAUAUAGUUCUUUUAAGUUAAAGCUAUCAUGUUGGCUAAAAGGGGAGACAUAUGCUUUGUUUUUAUGUCCUGUCCUUUUUCUCAAUGAUGGUAGUUUGAAUAUUUGUGUUUUUAUUAGCAUGUAGAAUGAAUCUAGGUAGAAUUCAGAACGAUUUAACCACAUUUUGUAUUUGAAAUACUAAUAUUUUGUCUUUUGUUAUACUAGUACAUCUGGAACGGAUUUCCUUGUAACUUAAAAGUUAAAGGAAUUCUUUCCUUAAAGUUUAGACCUUGUUAUAAGAAACAUCUUAACUUUAGAUUUAUGAACCAAAACUAUUGGUAAGAAAUCUGCUGAUUCUGGAUUGAUAACGACCAAUCACAAAACUCAAUACCACACAGUGAGCAGAAUCUAAAGUUAAGAUGUUUCUGACAUCAAACUCGCUAUUUUUACUAUCUCAGGACGAUUUCAGCAAGCCUGAAUACAAAUAAUAACUCUUUUAUAAGUCGAAAGCAUCGACUUAAGACACCAUGGAGCUCUUGCUUUACCUGCAUUGUGUAAAGGAUCCAACAAAUCGAGUUGGAUAUGAUGUUAUUACAACUCAAUGGUGUACAUACAUCAAUUCACAGAUGUCUCCGUAGUGAGUUUUCUGGGUAUUUUUUCUAACAACUAUAAUGUUUUGUUGAUAUAUAGCUGUUUCUAUUUUCUAUUUUAAGGUGUUUUUGUAUGUUUUUUCUAUAUAAACUCAUCUUCAUAACU